CAAACGCGUAGCUUAUUAGAGCGCAGCCGACCGUGGUCAUCUUUUCGUCUUCUCCUCGCUGUAUUCUUUGUUUCUCACUGUGAAGAUACAAAACGACUGUGAACACACUUCUCCAUCCGAAAUCACAGCUGCUUUGUGAUGACACCCUUGGAGCAGUACCUCAAUACGUUGGAUCUGCUGCGUUUUCUCAAACAGGAACCCAGGCACUUCAAUACAACCGAUCAUGUCCCAGUAAAGCAGCGAGCACCUAUGUUUGGCCUCACAUCCAUCGACGACGACUCUUGGCUCAUCGGAGACCGUGUCGUACUCGCCCGCUCCGGCCAACCCUGGCCUAGUCAUACGCCAGGUCUCAUCAGCACCUGGACUUCGUCCGAUGGAAACCAUUAUGCCAUUUCAGACGCGCCUGUUCCGCCACCAACUUCUCGUCCAUGGGCGCCGGGCGACUCUCCCGUUCUUGCACAUCUCGCCGCAGGCGGCGGAAUUUCUAUUUCCACCGGGGAUGAUGCCGACCUAGCUCAAGUUACAAGCAAAUGCGUCUACUACAUCGGAGAUGCCUUCAUCAAGAUGCACCACACUAUACACUGCGACUCAACCGACGAGCACGUAGCCAUUAAUGAAUUGCGUCAACGCCUUCCAAACCGCACAUUCGCGCUCCCUACAGUCCUUUAUCAGGCCCGCUAUGAUGACCGCUACUUCCUCGUCACAUCGAAGGUUCCCGGUGAGACGGCCGAGCGGCUGUGGUGGAGUCUUGACGACGCCGUCAAGAAUCACUACGCAGAGCUCAUCGCCCAGGCCUGCAUUGAGGUUGCCACUCUGACCUCCAACGACCUGGGCACCGGCAUCGACGGAUCUGCUGCGGAAAACGGGCGCUUCCGGAAGUCUUUAACGCGAAAAGACAUGUCGGAUAUGCAUGCCAACUGCAGGAUGCUCAACCUCGACGUGGAAUCCUCAUUCUGCCUGUUCCAUGAAGACCUGGGGCCCACGAAUGUCAUUAUCAACCCCCAGAGCCGGGCGAUCGGUAUCAUUGACUGGCAGGCUGCCGAUUAUGUCCCUAGGGAAUGGAUUGGUAUUGCCUUUGCCCGCGCGCUGGCUAUGGUGCAAGAUCCACCUUUCCCGGAGGGCUAUGAAUCGAACGAUUACGCUAAGCGUGUGUGGGAGGCGCUGCAACGGCGUGGGUUUGGUGAUGAUGGAAGCGCUUGGCUGAGUUGGAAGAGACUUGACUGGCAAUAGAUGUAUCUUUUAUCCAUAAAGACGAUAACGUAGUCCACAAGCGAACGGGUCACCCAACCGAACGGGUCACGCCAACUAGCAAAACAUGGAAUUCAACACGAUUUCGCAACCACAA